AUGCAGAAGAUCGAUGACUCCCAGCGAGAAAUUUCUCCUCGGUGUGGGCUGAUGCAUGCCGUGCCGUUUGGCAGUGAAAUCAGCGAUCCCAAGAUCCUGGAUCUGGUCCACAGUGCCCUCGGCAGGAUGACCGUGGUCCGGCAGAUCUUCCCGUCCACGAAGGACAACCAGAAGUGUAUGAGGAACAAUCACCGCAUCUCCUCCCUGCUCUGCAACCCCCAGGAAGGCUACCUGCAGAUGCUUCAGAUCUCCAACCUCUACCUGUAUGACAGUGUUCUGAUGCUGGCCAACGCCUUUCACAGGAAGUUGGAGGACCGGAAGUGGCACAGCAUGGCAAGUCUCAACUGCAUACGGAAGUCCACCAAGCCAUGGAACGGAGGGAGGUCCAUGUUGGACACAAUCAAAAAGGGCCACAUCACUGGACUCACAGGGGUGAUGGAGUUUCGCGAGGACAGCUCAAAUCCCUACGUCCAGUUUGAAAUCCUGGGCACGACCUAUAGCGAGACAUUUGGCAAAGACAUGCGUAAGUUGGCAACAUAGGACUCGGAGAAAGGCCUGAAUGGUAGCCUACAGGAGAGGCCCAUGGGCAGCCACCUCCAAGGACUGACUCUCAAAGUGGUGACUGUCUUGGAAGAACCUUUCGUCAUGGUGGCUGAGAACAUCCUUGGGCAGCCUAAGCAUUACAAAGGGUUCUCCAUCGAUGUCCUGGACAUGCUGGCCAAGGCUUUGGGCUUCAAGUAUGAGAUUUACCAGGCCCCUGAUGGCAGGUAUGGUCACCAGCUCCACAACACCUCCUGGAACGGGAUGAUCGGGGAGCUUAUCAGCAAUAGAGCAGACGCGGCCAUCUCCGCCAUCACCAUCACCCCCGAGAGGGAGAGCGUCGUGGACCUCAGCAAGCGGUACAUGGACUACUCAGUGGGGAUCCUCAUGAAGAAGCCGGAGGAGAAGUUCAGCAUCUUCUCCCUGUUCGCGCCCUUUGACUUCGCGGUGUGGGCCUGCAUCGCGGCUGCCAUCCCUGUGGUGGGGGUGCUCAUCUUUGUGCUGAACCGGAUCCAGGCCGUGAGGACGCAGAGUGCCGCCCAGCCGCGACCGUCCGCCUCCGCCACCCUGCACAGCGCCAUCUGGAUCGUGUACGGAGCCUUCGUGCAGCAAGGACCUGGCUUUUACGGAUAA